CAUAAACAUUGCGCAAAGUUCUGCCCCAUCUCACCGCCGCUACCGUCCUUUAACACCGCUGCUGGCGACAUCCAGAGGACGGCGGUGGGGACAGACUUAGACGCGGGGCUGCAAAGGGAGAAGGAGGAGGAGACACCGCUGAGUCAUCACGAAUCGGGGUGUCAACCCCAGACGGACCAUCAGUCCCUCGGACAGGGGCACCACCUCCACCAUCAACGCAGAAGCGCGUCUACCCCACCCCCUCCGUCCGGCACAAGCCGUCAAGGAGGCAAAGCGGACCUUCCAUCCUUCCCUCCCACCACGACUGCUGCUUGCUGCUCUAUAGCCCCGUGGCCGUGACACUCGCGGAUGAACCAUGUCUAGGACGCGAUGCUCUUACUCGCGGCACUCGUGGCUACUGCUGCACGUGGCCGUGAUUCUCCUGCACGCGCUCUCGACGAGCCUUGCGCAGCCCCCGCCCCGCGGUUCCCGUCCCGGCCAAGGUGCCCAAGGGAUCUCGGGAACCCCUGGGCCCUCCGGCGUUCCGGGCAUUGACGGAGUGGACGGUGAACGUGGACCUCAAGGGCUUCCUGGACCGCUGGGACCGAAAGGAGACGUGGGUGACCCGGGCGUGGAAGGCCCGCUCGGCCUCCCAGGCAUCCCUGGAGUCGAUGGAUUAACCGGCCCCCAAGGCAAUAUUGGUCGUGCCGGUCCUGCAGGUGCCAAAGGUGAUCCAGGUCUGGCCGGCCCACCUGGGGUCCCAGGCGAAGGCAUUGUUGGACCGCCCGGACCUGCUGGAUUGGGUGGCCUUCCCGGAGAGAUUGGGAAACCUGGGCAGAUCGGUGAGAUUGGGCCUCAAGGACAACCAGGCCCUCCCGGUCUGCCAGGCCCCAGGGGUCUUCCUGGGAUUCUCCAAGGAGAUGGCAGCGGGGAUAUCCAGUGUCCAUCGUCCUGUCCCGCCGGGCCCCCUGGCCCUCCUGGGCUGCCGGGGAUGAAGGGUCACAAAGGUUUCAAAGGUGAAUUUGGAGAUCCUGGGAAGCAAGGUCACAAGGGAGAAGAGGGCCACCAGGGACCGUCCGGCCAAUCUGGCCCACAAGGCCCAGAGGGACCUUCAGGGCUGCGAGGAUUUCCCGGAAUGAUGGGAUCAAAAGGCGAAAGGGGUGUCUCUGGGUUCGACGGAGUGCCCGGACCUCCUGGUUCACAAGGGGAGCCGGGAGAGGAGGGCCCCAGGGGACCGAUCGGGGAGGCCGGACCCAAAGGCAUCAUCGGCUUGGCUGGAUCGCGAGGAAAAACCGGGAUCCCCGGCACGAAAGGCGUGGCGGGUGUCCCUGGGAUUGACGGCCGAGAUGGAACCCCUGGCAUGCCUGGGAUGAAGGGAGAGCCCGGAAAGCCGGGAAUCCCAGGAGAUUCCGGGCCACAGGGCCUGCCGGGGUCACCUGGGCAGCCAGGCCUGAAAGGAGAAGCGGGAGACAAGGUACGCAAAUUCAAGAAACCGCAUGGACUCCCACCUAUAACAGCGCUGUUUGUUGACAACGGCCGCCUUUGGGCUCUGUGCUCAGCAACUGCGAUUUGUGAAAGUGAUGUUAAUAUACAGUGCAUACUGCAGAGGUACUACCGUUAGCCUCCUCCAAACUGAAAAGCAAACUAAAG